CAUGGUCGUCGUCCCAGCAGCUACUUAGUACUUACUUUUUUUAGUAACCUGCAACUAAAAGUCCAAACAUGUCAAACACUGGAACCAGUUUCAAACAAUCACGAUGGUCUCUUCACGGAACCACCGCUCUCGUCACCGGCGGCACCCGCGGAAUCGGGAAUGCAACGGUGGAGGAGCUGGCUGGACUGGGAGCUAGGGUUCAUACAUGUUCAAGAAAUGAAGAAGAAUUGAAUAAUUGUUUGAAAAAUUGGACGGAGAAGGGCUUUUUGGUAACUGGGUCGGUCUGUGAUGCAACUUCUCGAGCUCAGAGAGAGAAGCUGAUUGAAGAAGUGGGUUCUGUUUUUAAAGGCACUCUUAAUAUUCUUGUUAACAAUGUUGGCACGAAUAUAAGGAAGCCAACUACUGAGUACACUGCUGAAGAAUAUUCCAAAAUCAUGCUAACUAACUUCGAAUCUGCAUACCAUAUGUGUCAACUUGCCCACCCUCUUUUAAAAUCCUCCGGUGCGGGAAGUAUCAUAUUCAUUUCCUCUGUCGCAGGUAUUCAGCACUUAGGUAGCGGAUCAAUUUACGGGGCAACUAAGGGUGCGAUUAAUCAACUAACGAAAAAUUUGGCCUGUGAGUGGGCAAAGGACAAUAUCAGGACUAAUGCUGUUGCACCUUGGUAUAUCAGGACCUCAAUGGUGGAGCGGCUGCUUGGAAACAAAGAAUUCUUGGACAAGGUAGUUGCAAAAACUCCUCUUCAGCGGGUCGGAGAAGCAACAGAAGUUUCAUCUUUAGUAGCAUUCCUUUGCCUACCAUCUGCAUCUUACAUUACUGGGCAGAUUAUUUCUGUUGAUGGAGGCGUGACAGCGAAUGGAUUUGAUUCCGGAAUGAGACUCGAUCUUAGUUGAAAAACCGCAUUAUCGGACACCUUUUAGCAUUACGUCUUCUUGAAUUACCUUUUCCUUGCAAUUGUGAGUUCAGUAAGCUGUGUAUUUAGAAUUUGCUAUUCAAGUUAAUUAUGGUGAUAAAUUUAGUAUGGAGAACAUGGAGAUGUAGCUUGUUGUACUUGGUCUUCAAUUUUUUAAUUAAUUCAUAAA